UCAGAUGACUCUCUGAAGCAGCUCAGGAUGGUGGUGAAGCUGGAGAAAGACAGGGAGGGAGGCAGAGGAAAGGCUGGUGGCCAGAAAGAAAAGGACCAGAGCUGGAUUCCCAAGGUCAUCAAGAAAAGAGUCUGCACGACCUUUGUUGAAGACACUUCCAGUAAUGGAGCGCAAUGUCAGUGCGGUUGUCUACGGGAAAUACAUGACUCCGCGGCAACAGGAGACAACUUCGAACCAAUGACUGUUACCAAGUGGGACAGCCAGCAGCACUCCUCUGAAUAUCCCACAGAUGCUUUUGGACAGCUGGAGUUUGCUGGAGCUGGACGCAGACUCAGCCAUUUUCUGCGGCUUUCAUGUGACACACCUCCACAGGUCAUAUACAAUCUGAUGACGACCGAAUGGGGCCUGCCCACACCCAACCUGGUGGUAUCAGUGGUGGGAGGUGUUGGCCAUGAGAAGAUUGAGCCAUGGGUGAGAAAUAUCCUGAGGAAAGGACUGGUUAGGGCUGCACAGAGUACAGGUGCCUGGAUUUUGACAGGGGGUCUGAGAGAGAGUGUUUCCCGCUGUGUGGGAGAGGCUGUGAGAGACCAUGGGGCUGUGGCUUCAGCUGUGUCCCAGAAAAAAGUCAUCGCCAUUGGAGUGGCUCCUUGGGGUCUGGUGCACAAUAGGCAGCAGCUCGUCAACCCCCAGGGAAGUUUCCCAGCUCGUUACAAUGUCCAGAAAUCAACAAAUGACAUACGCUGUUUGGACAACAGCUGCCAAGCUUUCCUCUUGGUGGACAAUGGGAGUGUUGACCAGCAAGGCGGAGAGACAAUCUUUCAAGCUAAUCUGGAGGACUUCAUUUCCCAUCAGCGCACAGGCAUCUAUGGUAGUGGCAAUAUUGAAAUUCCGGUCCUUUGCAUACUUAUCUCAGGAAAAGCCUGCAUGUUGGAGAGAUUAGAUAUGUCUCUGAAGAAAACGACGCCCUGGCUUGUUUUUCCUGGUUCUGGUCCAGCAGCAGAUUUCAUCAGGGACCUGUUGGAUGACCCAUUGGCUGAGAUCCCUUCCUCUCAGGCAGCAGAUGCGGUGGCCGUUAAGGGUGUCAACACAGAGUUCUGUGAGCGGGUCUAUGAGAAAGUCCAGAAGCACUUUUCAGCUGAGGCUGAACUGGAAAAACUGGUCGAUAGCGCUCUGAGUAUUUUUGAGAGGAGAGCUCUCAUUACUGUUUUCGAUGGGGAGCAGGAGGGUUGUGAGGACUUUGACACCAUUCUUCUAAAAGCCCUGGUCCGAGCUAGCAAACAUUUAUCCAGUGAUGCCAGUGAGUACACAGAUGAGCUGAAACUGGCUGUGGCCUGGAAUCGAGUGGACAUUGCUAAAGCUGAGCUCUUCAAUGGAGACAUACAGUGGGAGUACGAUGACCUCGAGGACUCCAUGACGGAUGCUCUGAUUAAUGAUAAGCCCCAAUUUGUGCGUCUCUUCUGUGAGAAUGGUCUCAACAUUCUGAAUUAUCUGACACAUGGGCGCUUGGAGAGCUUGUAUUGCUCGCUGUCAGACAGCUUGCUGGCUGACAUUCUCCUCCAGAGGCGUCUGAGUGAAAGGCAGAGCCUGGCUGGAUCCCUGCCCUCUGUGAAAGGAGCUGCACCAGAUUCAACGAAGGCUUCACAUACUGAAGUAAACACAGCUGCUUCAUCAAUGGAUGUUAGUUUGUUUGAGGUGUCCCGGCUGCUGCAGGAUCUCUUAGGUGAUGUCUGUGAGCCUUUCUACUAUGAAGCCCUGGGACUUAAACCCACAAUGGCCACUAGAACAGCACAGAAGCAACUCAACAAGAUUCAGCAUAAGCAGCAUGGUACAUACCGUGAACAGUACUGCAACUCACCCUGGGUGGCUCUCUUCAUUUGGGCUGUUUUACAGAACCGCAAAGAAAUGUCGAUAUUGUUCUGGGAAAUGGCAGGUGAGUCUGUGCUGAGUGCUCUUAGUGCCUGUAAGAUACUGAGGGAGCUUUCCAAGCUUGAGAGCGAGGCAGACAGCAAGCAAACCAUGAAACAAUUGGCACAGAGGUUCGAGAACCUGGCAAAUGGUGUUUUUGGUGAGUGUUACAAAAGCAGCGAGAGCCGUUCCUUCAAACUCCUUAUAAGGAAGUCUCCUUUGUGGGGCGGGGCUACAUGCCUGCAGAUGGCCACAGCAGCUGACGCCCGUCUGUUCUUCAGCCACCAUGGUGUUCAGUCUCUCCUGUCUCAGAUCUGGUGGGGUGACAUGGAGAGGACUACUGAGAUCUGGAAACUGAUUCUUGCCUUCCUUAUCCCUCCCCUCAUCUGCACCAACCUGAUCAGCUUCAGGGAACAAGAGGAGGAGGUUAUUACUUCGGGGGUCUACGUCAGAGACAAUGACAGCAUAGAGGGAAAUAUCGCCCUCUCCAUGUCUGACAUACCAAACAGUGACGAAGACAUGGAAGAAUUGAAGACUCUGAAAAAAAAACCGAAAGAAUCUGAGAAGAUUCAACCCAAGAGACCAUUUAUUGUGUCAAAGUGGAGACAGUUUUGGUAUGCGCCUGUCACCUCAUUCCUGGGCAAUGUGUUGAUGUACUUCCUGUUCCUUUGCCUGUUUGCCUAUGUUCUAUUGGUGGAUUUCAAGCCUCCACCCCCCGACGGACCCUCAUCUUUGGAAUUUGUGCUUUACUUCUGGGUCUUCACAUUAGUAUGUGAAGAGAUCCGACAGACCUCUUAUGAGGGAAAUUUGUUUUUUCUCCAAAGAAUGAAGAAAUACAUCCAGGAUAAUUGGAACAAGUGCGACCUCACCGCUAUUCUUCUGUUUCUGUUGGCUGUAAUGUGCAGGAUGUUUCCCUGGUCAUUUAAACUUGGGCGAGCUGUGAUGUCCAUAGACUACAUGGUCUUCACACUGCGCCUGAUCCAUAUCUUUGCCAUCCACAAACAACUUGGACCCAAAAUCAUCAUUCUUGGAAAAAUGGUGAAAGAUCUUUUUUUCUUCCUUUUCUUCCUGGGUGUUUGGCUUGCGGCCUAUGGAGUGGCCCAUCAGGCUCUCCUUUUCACAUACGACCCCCGACCCAAUUGGAUUUUCCGCAGAGUGUUCUACAGGCCAUAUUUGCACAUAUUUGGACAAAUCCCUAUUAAUGAAAUGGAUGCUGACAAACUGUUACAACCUCUCUGCACUGACAACCGUACAGAAAUUGAGGCAGGAGCAGAACCAUGUCUGAGUAUCUAUGCAAACUGGCUUGUUGUCAUCCUCCUUGUCAUCUAUCUGCUGUUUACCAACAUAGUGCUGGUUAACCUACUCAUUGCCAUGUUCAGCUACACUUUCUCCAAAGUACAGGAACACAGUGACAUCUACUGGAAGUUUCAGCGUUACAACAUCAUUGUGGAGUACCACUCCAGACCCUGCCUGGCACCACCUUUCAUCAUCUUCUCCCAUCUCCACAUUCUUAUCAAGAGACACAUCCGCAAGAUUCCUUCUCUCAAGAGUCAGCACUUUGUUUUGGAGGUGACAGGCAUUACAGCCAGCCACCUGAAUGCAUGGGAGGCUGUGCAGAAAGAGGACUUCCUGUCUGCUCAGAAUAAGCAGCAGAAAGAGACCGACACAGCACGACUUCAGCGGACUUCUGUUAAGGUGGACAGUGUUCUGAAGCAGAUGACAGAAAUCCGAAACCACGACCAAAGGCUGCGUCUACUUGAGACACAGUUGCAGUACUGCUGCAGCGCCCUCUCCUGGAUGACUGAAGCUCUAUCUCAAAGUAAUGUGGUCGGUAACAUCCGGCCUCCUCCACUCCAAUAGAAUAGAAUAGAAGAUGUUGCACCACUGCUUCCAAGUUGAUCCUCAGAAUCACAUACAUGCACAUGCAGAAUGACAUUUCUGUCAUAGGCAUUUAACAUCUCUGGACCACCUCUGAACACAACAACCUCUUGAUUAGCCUUAGCCUCCUGGCUAAAUUUAAACGUCUACUUAAACACUAAAAGGCUUGUUUUGAACACCACAGUCAUGGGUCAAUGAUGUAUACUUUUUUAAAGACAGUUCAGUCAAGACAUUGAUGAUAUUUAGUUUUCUGUUUUUACAGGGGUGUUUGAUAUGAGGCAUUUCUUAUGAGAACAUCAAUAUUUUCUCUUUUUUUGUUUGUUUUUAGAGCUAGAAUCUGCCAGAGUCUGAAGGUCCAUUCCUCCCAGUGCGGGUCUCUGGUUAUUGGGGAGCAGCUUUAGCCAGCUUUAGCCUUUUCUCUUACCAAACACUACCUUGAAUAAAUAUAGAAUUCCUGGCCUUGUCAAGAUCACACUAAGUGCUGUCUGAAUUCAUUGGUGCUUCACCUAAGGAUUUCCUGUACAUAAUGGAAAUUACUUGAAUGUUAAAAGUCUUUCUGAACUUUUUUCUUUCUUACUCUAUGUACCCCAUAAUGACAAAUACAAAAAAAGGAAUAGCUGACUUGUUUCUACACAAUAUCUUAAGACUCUAAUAGACUGAAACCUGAAGCAAUCAAGAUGUGCCACGAUGUGGAGGUAUUUGGGUUUUGAUUUUUAUUUGACUGUGUAUUUUGAUCAUACCCCUGUUAUGUUUUUCAGAUAGUGCCUUCUUCAGCUAAUUUCCCUAUGCUUUUCAUUACUAGGUGUUUUUCUUGUUAGCUCAUUCUUUUGUUUUGUUCUUCAUCAUUUUAGAUUUUAGAUAUUUUUCUGUUAGAUAUCUGUUAGCGGUGGUGCUCCACCAUGUAAAGAGGCUCCAGCCCUCGAAACAGCGGUCCCCUGGUUCGAGUCCCAGACACAACAACCUGUGCAGGGCUGGAACCUUUCUGCCUGAUUUCAGGACGGUUGAAUGCUGUAGGUCACCGACUCGAUGCAAUCUGCUGGGUUUCCCUAGAUAGACAAUUUUCAACACAUUUGAAUAAUAUACUGUAUUUCACUAAAUUUUUUGAUAAUUAGGAUCAAUUUAAAUGUAUGUUCCUGACUUGAAAUCUGUAUGAUUUGAUUGAAUUGACUUUUUAAACUGCCUUGAGAUUUCAUGUGUUAUGAAUUGGCGCUAUAUAAAUAACUCAAAUGAAAUGAAAUUGUCAUCAUAAGAUGACAAGAUCAAGUCCAUUAGUGCAGCAAAACAAAUAUUUAAAAAAAGAUGUUAGAUAUUUUUUCUAGGUUUUUUUGUUUUCUGUUCAGCUUCAUUUAUGUUUAUUAGUCUUCCAUCCUCAGCCACAGCCAUAUGCAAUCACUUCAGCCGCCUUAAAUAGUACAUAGCCUGCACCUGUUUGUUUCCCUGCUGGAUUCUUCUGUUUGCCUGCCUGUUUUAUGUCCGUAACAAUGCCCUUUUUCCUUCUCUCCAUGCUCAGAUCUCCUUGUGCCUGUGUCUAUGUUUUGCAUUUUAUUAGUAUUAAAAACUUCAUUUUCGCCAAUUUCA